AUGGAUAUCUUACUAGCCAAAGUCACCCAGCAGGCUAUGAACUAUGCCAUCCGUUCAGGCAUAGCCAUUACCAGCACGUACGCUAUACGGCAAUGCUCAAGACUAGUCAAGACAGCACCAAGGGGAGGCAAGCGAGAAGAACUCCUCAACCUCCAGAUUCGCUUGGAAAGCAAAAUCCGAAUUAUCUCACCAGCCAUCGAUAUGAUAGAGUUGAUUGCCGCUCGUGGAAACACUUCUCUGGAAUCUGCUGUCACUCUGACCAAAGACUUGCGCUGGGAGAUCCAAGCCCUUGGUAUUCGUCUUGCUAACGCCGCCAACGAAGAGGAGCUGUACCGCCGGAAGAGUUCGCGGGCAAAGUCAAAGGAGCAGAAUGAGCUUGAAUUGCAGCUCAUCGUUUCGGACGUCAAGAAACUGCUUGAUCGGAUAGAAGAUGCUGUACCGCUGAUCAAUCUCGCCAUCACCACUUCUGGAGUCAAUUUGUCCACAAAUCUGCCAGCUACCGUCUCGCCAUCUCGUCUCUUGCAGGCCAGCACUUUUCUCACAGCUGCCGACUCGCAGUAUACCGCAGCUCCUGGCCAAAAUGUUCAAGUCGGUCCAGUAUAUACCCUGUCGGUCUAUAUGCUUUUCGCCAGUCACACCAACAGACCACACGAUGAGCAGACCGCUCGUGAAACUACCUGGAAGGAAGUCAUCCACAAAGCCAGAGUCAAGCUGGUGCGCGUACCGCUGGACAGUCUGUAUAACCUACCUGGAAAAUUGACGACACCAAGCGGCGCCCGCUACUUUCCAAAGGAGUUAUCUUCUGACAACUCGUCCGUUGAGUAUGCUUACCAGCUGGUCGUGAUUGAAGACCUAGACGAUGACAGAGUACAUACUUUUGAGGAAGGCGAACCUCAACCUGGUCCUUUCGAAGAAGUCGCUCUUGCAGGGAUCAGAGACGUCAUCCCCAUUCACGAGAUUUCCAAGAUAUUCUACGCGGAUACUGGUAAGAUUCUCAACAUUGGAUCUGAAGGCGAGACCAACAAUCCCAUUCUCCUUCUCAAGCGCGACAUUCAUGCAGAACCACCAAGACGCAUGAUGGAGAGACGAGACACAGAAGACCAAGAUUACUACGAUGAUGACGAGGAAGAAGACGAGCGCCCACAGACCCAAGACAGUGAUGAUACGGACUUGGACGAACAAGCACAAAUCAACGCCCAGAUCUUGCGAGACUCAACACCACAACCUCAGGUCGAGACAGAAGAGCCAAGGACACAAGACGAUCCUGACGCUCACUGGCGACUGCCUCCAGACCUGGACCCAGAAUGGAUAGCCUUUGAAGUCUACACUGAGGAACCUCCGUCUGACGAUGAAGACGAAGAAGUGGAUACAUCGACUCCAGAUCCCAUCACCACACCUCGACCACGUCAAACCUCACUAGACCCCGAGCUCACAAAUGGUCUCUCCUCCCUAAACCUUCAACCCACAUCCUCCUCGCCAAUUCCAACCACACCUUCAAACCAACAACUUAUCGCCACAACCCCCACACCACCACCACAAGCCACCAUCCGCACCUCUCUAUCCCUCCUCGAAAUGCUCAUUCGUCUAACCGCCCUGCAACAAUUCCGCCAAUCCUCCCACCUCACCAUCGAAGACGAACUGCUAAACUUCUUCCUCGAGGACAGCGCAACCACCGGCGCAGGCUCCAACGCCGAAUACCGCCAACGCGUCCGCAGAGACGCACGACGAAGAGUAGGUUUCGACCCUUACGACGAAAGCCCCAUCAAACGCCGCGGCGAAGAAUACCUCCAACACCCCAGAAGCGGGAAUACGCCAGCGCCAGACGAAAGCGACUACGAAAGGGGAUUCAGAGAAGCUUCUGAAGGACUGGGGUGGAGUGGGAGUGGGGAAAUUAGACAGAGUAUAGAGUAUCCCGGGUAUUUUUCUGGGCAGCAGAGGGGAAGUUCGAGUAUGCCUUCUAGUCCUUCGCCGCAGGUUAGAGGGGAUAGGGCGAGUGCGAGUCCGGUGUCGAAGAGGUAUUUGGGCACGCCGGAGCAGAAGGGUAGGAAAGGUGUGUUGAGGAAGAGGGAAGGCAUGCCUAGAAGCCCGCUAGGAAGAGAGAGUUCCGGUUCAUGA